UCUCUCUCACACACACACACACACACACACACAGGCUCUUUCUGCAUAUUGUCAGUCAUGCGUGUCACAGGUGUGUUGAGGCUCAGAGGCGUCCGUCUGUAAAGCACUAACAACAGAGCUCAGCUCACCCUCAUCCCACUGGAGAGCUGCAGCAGCUGGACUCUGAUCCAGAACCCCACAGCUGAGUCUCGCAGACGCUUAAAUACUGUGACCUCAGCACUGCUGCUCCAAUCCGGUCCGGUCCAGUCCAGCGUGGCUGCUUUAAGAGCUGAGAGAUGCAUCAGCUGCACUCACAGAGACUUUAAAUCUGCCGAGUAACAGACUCCAGCUGAACCUUGUGCAGAGCUCCGGUCGUCUCCAGUCUUCCAGCUGUCGUGUUUCUGCUCUGAACAUCUCAGAUGGACCGAUUCGCACAGGAGCUGUUUCUGAACUUUAUGAUUGUGUUGAUCACAGUUCUGCUCAUGUGGUUACUGGCCAAACAAUAUCAGGAUGCAUGAGGAGCUCAUUCCUCCUCCUCAUCAUCAUCAUCAUCCUCAGCUGUGAAGAUGAGCUCCAGCACCGGAUGAUGAUGUUUCUGCAGACGGAUGGAAGAUGUGCCAGUCAGGAUGAAUCGUCUCGUGAUGCCUUCAAAAGCAGCACAGUUUGUCCGUAUGGAUUAUUGUCAUGUGUUAAAUGUUAAAUGCUUUGAUACCCUGGAUGUUUAAUGUGAUAAAUUGGGAAAAAACACUCAAAUUAACUGCAGAAAGAGUACCAGCAAUGUGUCGAGAGAAGACAUUGUUUUAUUUGUUUAAAUAAAGAACUCUUUGG